UUCCGCUAAUAAUUUGACCACUUCUGUGGUCAACAUAUCCGAAGAUGGUAUCCAAACAACAUCGCGGACAACAUUGAGCGAUGUCUUCUUCGACACAACCAAUGUUCAGACCAUCAACGACUCGAUGCUUAUGUCGGCCGAUACUAACCACUGGCUUAAGGAUCGGUCGACAGUAACCACUCCUUUGUCUUUGCACCAGAAGAAGACCACUGCCAAACAAACUGAUGCCACCAACAGAUAUAGUGACACGGACCAAUUUAGUGACGACAGUGUCACACAAGCAACAUAUCAAAGCAAAUCAUAUACAAAACCGACGACAACAACAAAAACAAUACUGACAUCAUCGCCAUCGAUGGCCGCCGUCUACGAUGAUAGUGAUAGUGGCCAUCAUAUGUUGAACGGUGCCAACACUGCCAAAGCUAAUACUCAAGACCUAUACGAAAAUGGACAACGACUCACCACAAAGUCGUUUCUCACUAAAAAUUCAGAUGAACCGGUAUAUAUGGGAGAAGGAGGAGAUACAAAAAAUGGUCACUCAGGUCAUUACGAUACAAAUAAUGUCUGUGACUUUUGUCUGUACGAGGGUGAGGGCAAUUUUACCAGUUAUGGCUAUCCUCUGGCCUACCGAUCCAAUCUUAACUGUACCUAUAGAGUGAUGAGAGUCGAUGAAUCUAAUGUCUGCGAAAUGGAAAUCUAUUUUCACGAUUUCGAUGUCUCAAUAUCGUCGUCGUCACCGUCACUGCCAUCCACUGCCACAUCACAUCAUUCAAAGGCCAAACAACAAAAUGACUGCCACGAAGACUAUCUAGAAGUUAAUAAUCGUAGAUAUUGUGGAACCGGUUGGAGACAUCAUUCAGAUGUCGUAGCAUUUCCUUUAGAUCAAAAAGAGCUGGUCUUCAGGUUUGUAUCGAAUGAACAAACUAAUAGCCAGGGAUUUUGGGUUGAAGUUAGACGCCGUCCCAACACUUGUUUCGGUACUCGUCUGAAGACUGAACCAUCGGAGAUAUGCGAAGAAAGGUUUACAGAAAUUGAGUUUGAAUUGAAAAGUCCCAGAUUUCCCGACAAUUAUCCGUUUAAUUCAAAUUGUAAUUAUCAUAUCAAACGAAUCAACGAUGAUGUCUGUGGUCUGGAGCUAUUGUUUUUCAAGUUUGAUAUCGAAAUGUCCGACAGAUGUUCUUAUGAUUAUCUGGAGAUUGAUGGCCAGCGUCUCUGUGGUGUACUUCCCGAUAAUUCUCAGCACAUAUUUAAGUUUGAAAGCGAAUACAAAUCAUUGACAUUUCAGAGCGAUUCCCAAUUGUCUAAAUCGGGAUUUCAUAUUCACGCCAAACAAUUGACUGAUUGUAGACCACCGUCACUGCCGGCGCCUCCUUCUUGUAAUGUCUGUACCAGUGAAGGAUUCGGUACUUUUGUCAGCUAUGGCUAUCCGGAUCACUACCGAAACAAUUUGUUGUGUACCUAUACUAUCGAUCGGCGAAAUGCCGACUAUUGCUACGUUGAACUGGAAUUUGAAGACUUCGAGCUCCAGAAGUCGGACAACUGUGAAGACGAUUACUUACAAGUCGAAGGUCAGAGAUAUUGUUCGGAUACUUUAAAACAAACCAAACGAGUCGUACCGUUUGAGGGCAAAGAUAAAGGCGUUGUUUUGGUCUUCAAAACGGACGCCUCAAAAACCAAAAGAGGAUUUCUAAUACAAUAUAAGCAACUCGAGUGUACCACCAAUGAUGUUGUCCAGGAAAAGGCAUCGUUGCCCGACUCGGCAGUAGUGCCGAUGCCGACCAGUACCUGUGAUCAUGUGUUUACCGACAAAGAGUUUACGAUACAAAGCGACAAUUUUAGCCAAAGUUAUGCCAAUAACUUGGAGUGUAGUUAUUAUAUACAAAAAAAUUCGACAAAAGUCUGUUAUCUUGAGCUGACAUUCAUUAAGUUUGAUGUCGAAGCCAGUCCUGAGUGUCAAUACGAUUAUCUGGAAGUUGGAAACACUGUAAGACUUUGUGGUACAUUACAGACAGAAACUGUUAGGACAUAUAUUUUCGAUACAAACGAAAAGAUAUUGAAAUUUCAUUCGGAUUCAUCCAAUGCGCGAAACGGUUUUAUUGUCAAAGCGGAACAACUUGAAUGUAUGGGCGAUAAAAUUAUUCGGCCAUCAGUUCAACAGCUAUCGGUGACCACACCGUCGGCAUCGAUGAUCACACCCAUGCAUUAUAACGGUGGCGGCGGCGGUGACACAAGUUUUUGCAGUCAAGUGCUGGACACCCAAGAGUUUAACAUUUUAAGUCCAAGUUAUCCGAAUCCUUAUCCGCCCGAUCAGGACUGUCUGUUUAUGGUCAGAAAGUUGUCGGAAAACAUUUGCAAACUAGAGGUAACUUUUGAUGACUUCGAAAUACAGCCAACCGAUCCCAAUGCGUAUUGUAAAUACGAUUUUGUCGAUUUCAAUGGUGUCCGAGUGUGCGGUGAUGUGACCAGAGGCGAUAUUCGGACGUAUUAUUUUGCCGGUCAAACAUUUCCCAUACAUUUUCAUUCGGACAAUUCGGUUACCAGUUCGGAUCGGGCGUUCAGAUUGAAUGUACGACAGGUUGAAUGCCUGACUGACCAACAACAACAACAACAGCAAACCAAUCAGAUCGUACCGUCGGAGAUGACAAACAGGGAUCAGUACCAUAAAGUAUACGAUUGUAAUCGAGUCUAUUCAGACGUAUCGAUUGAAUUGAAAAGUCCAAACUAUCCCCAAAGUUAUCCAAACAAUUUGAAUUGCAAAUAUACUAUAUUAAAGAACAGAGAGGGUAUUAAAGUAUGUCAACUGGAGGUCAACUUUGUGGACAUUGAUCUGGAAAAAUCUCAAGACUGUAGCAACGAUUAUCUGAAUUUUAAUGGACAACUCAUGUGCGGUUCGCUGUCAAGUGAGACGACCAGAUAUUACUUGUUCGAAGGCAAUCAAUUUGUCAUCAAUUUUGUAACCGAUGAUUACAAAAGUCAAAGAGGUUUUCAUCUGAGAAUUCGCCAAAAAGAGUGUCCACCUGAUGACCAAAGACAAGUGACUCGCCAGCCGUAUGGCAAUGGUUUGGCCCAAUGCGGCGGUGUCUACACUGAAUCGUCAUUUGAUCUGAAGAGUCCACAAUAUCCUGAAUACUAUGAAAGUAAUAUGGAAUGUAUUUACCGAAUUGUCCGCAAAAAUGAUAAUAUCUGCAGACUUGAGAUCAGAUUUAUUGACUUUGAUGUCGAACCGAGCACUUCCUGUGUCUACGACUAUCUGAUAAUCGAUGGCAAGAAAUUGUGCGGCGAUAUGAAGCCAAACUUUGUCAAAACACUUGAGUUUUACGAAAAUGAAAAGACAUUUAUUUUCAAAUCGGGAACAGCAACCAAACGAAGAGGAUUUUUGGCUAAAGUUUACCAAAAAGAGUGUGAAGUGGAUCAGCCAUCUUCGGCUGACAACAGUGUUGGUUUGCCAUCAAUUCCAUCAAUAUGUGAACUAUGUUUUACCGAAGUUAUGGGUAGUAUCCAGUCCUAUGAUUAUCCAAACAACUAUCCGGGACACUUGAACUGCCGGUAUAAGAUAACAGCCCUUCCCGGCAAUUGUAUGGUUCAGUUAAACUUCGAAGAAUUUCGUUUGGAAUACUCCGAUAGUUGCGAAAGAGAUUAUCUGGAGAUCAAUAAUAUUAGAUAUUGUGGCAAUCAGUUAGAAGGCGCUACACUGUUGGCUUUCAAUAAAAAACCCGACGAUGUGACCAUCAAAUUUGUUACCAACGGUCUGAAAGGCUACCGAGGAUUUCGGGCCUCCUAUACUCAAUUGCCCUGUAUUGGUGGCGUACCAUCGGGUCAACAACAGUUGACUAUUAAACAACAAGAACAGUAUUAUCAGCACAAAUACGAGACCAAAACUCAGUCGCCUAUCAAAUCAGUUCAACCGAUUCAACCACACAGGCCUAGCUUAGAGCGUCAACCACACCAACCAGUCUUCCAGGUUCCCCAAAGACCAGGUCCGCCAUUUGCUAGUUCUAGCGGCGGCGGAAUCUCACACUAUGGAUCGGUUCCGAUAGCCGUAGUGGACAACACUAAGUCAAUCAACUCUUCCUCUUCCUCCUCAUCAGCUGCUGCUCGCAUACCGUGCGAUCAAGUAAUUUACGAUAUGGUGUUUGAAGUGAAAAGUCCUAAUUAUCCCAAUUAUUAUCCGCCAAACAAUGACUGUCUUUAUUCAAUCAGAAGAGCCAAUUCUAAUAUUUGUAAACUUCGGCUAAGAUUUAUAUAUUUUGACCUAAAAGGUGAAUAUAAAGAAUGUAUUGGAGAUUCACUUGAAAUCAAAGGCAAUAAACUCUGUGGAAGUCUUCCUAAUAAUACAAUAGAAGAGUUUUCAUUUGACGCCUACAAGAUAUCAAUGAGAUUCCGAUCGGAUCAGGACAUCACUGGCAAAGGUUUCAAACUGAUGGGCGAACAGAUAGAUUGUACGCCAUUUAACUUACCAACGGAGCAAAAGCCAAGCAAACGGCCGCAAUAUUAUGGUCAGCCAUCGGUGCAAUACGAUAAUGAAAAUCAAUUAACAUAUUCACAAUCGCAAUCCAUACCUCAGCCGCAACCCCAGCCAUCCUAUUCAUAUCCAUCAACAGCUGAUCCAAAGCCACAGUAUUCUGGCUAUGGAUCCGAUUCUUCAUACCAUCAUCAUCAACAACAACAGCAACCGUUUAAUCAAAAAUAUCCGAUACAAUCAUCACGAUCUCCUCAUCAACCAUCUCAUUCUCAGCCCAAACCUUUUAUGGCACACAUAACGCCGACAACACAAAAGGGUGGUUCACAUUACGAUGACAGGAGAACUCCUCCAUACUCGCCAUCAAACAAGUAUCCAACUCAGCAAACAACCUAUGGAUCUAAAGCUCAACCGGACUACAGUCCUCCUCCACAAAGUAAUAGACCGUAUUCUCCGGCCGAUAGACUACACAGUGUAUCUCAAUCUCAACUUUAUGGACAACAACAACAAUCGGACAGUGAAGACAAAUAUUAUGAAAGCAGAAAAAAUCAGAAACCACUUUAUAAUAUUAAUAGUAAUAAUAAUAUCAAACACAAAAUGCCGACUAAUUAUGAUGACAAUAAUGAUUAUAAAGAUAGCAAAAGAUGUGAACAGAAAAUCCAAAGCAUGUAUUUCGAGAUAAAAAGUCCAAAAGAGUCGAAUACCGAGUGUUCGUACAGAAUUGAAAAAUCAAAGGAUAAUGUCUGUCAAUUGGAUCUAAUGUUUACUAACUUUAAUUUGGGUGACCAGACCUGUCAAAAGCAGUAUAUGCUGGUCGACGAUCAAAAACUUUGCGGUACAAUACCAAGGAAUACAAUGAGGACAUUCAAGUUUGACACAAAUCAGCUGAUGAUUGUCUUGAAGACAGAGAUUAUGGGUUUUGGCAACGGAUUCGAUAUCAAAGCCCGACAAGUCGAGUGCGGACCACCAAAAGAUCGCGGAUCACUACCACCGCAGUCGUCGACAUCAUUUAGACAACAAGAUAGACCACAGAUGAGUGAUUCAGGUUCAAGAGUAGGAUAUAUGUAUAUGAAUCCGAUAUCUGAUGGAGGAAGAGUAAACGGAGGUGGAAGUGGUGGUGGUAAUGAUGGUGAUAAUGGUGGUGGUAAUGGUGGUGGUAAUGGUGGUGGUAAUGAUGGUGGUAAUGGUGGUGGUAAUGGUGUCGGCGCAUCAUAUAAUAUAAGAGAUUCACCCAAUUCACGGCCUAUCGAAGAAGUUCGAGGUGUUCAGACAAAUUUUGAUGGUUUUAAUAUGAAUCGCGUGGCACCAUAUAAACCGGACACACCUGACAAAAGAGUGGGAACACCUACUGGCGGACAAAUUCAGGACAGAUGUCUUACUGCAUACAAUGAAAUUGAGUUUUCCAUAACAAGUGUCAACUAUCCUAAUCCCUAUCCACCGGAUAUGUUCUGUCAAUAUAUUGUUAGAAAAGCUAAUCCCGAUGUUUGUGCCAUUGAUAUGAAAUUUACUUCGUUCGAUAUCGAAGACGAUCCCAAAUGUGCUAAAGACUAUCUGGAGGUCGACGCCGGAAAAAUAUGCGGACCGUUGCCGCCCAGUCAUGAAAGACGAUAUUAUUUCUUACCGGAAGAAUAUGAAAAAGUCUUAAUGUUUAAAUCGGACGAUUCGGGCUCUAAAUCGGGUUAUUCGAUAAAAAUUCGACAAAUAACCGACUGUUCUCAGCCUUGGCAGCCAAGUAUGUACUAAUAAAAAAUAAACAA